AUGGAGAUAAACAAAUUAAUCUUAUAUUUCUACACAUUAAUAUUAGCAACAAUAUAUACAAAAUGUGUACAUAGUAUAUUAAUAUCAGCAGCGUUAAACAGUGAUCCUAUAGAAAACCACAAAAAAUCAAAUGUUGUUGCAAUAGUAUAUGACACAACUAACGCUGUAAUAGAAUAUAGUAGCGAAUAUUACGAUGUGAUUCUUUUAUUAAAAAGUUUUUUAACAAAAUCUAAAAAAAAACUUAAAGAUACAGAAAUUACAAAAAGAUUCAAACCAUUAAAUAUAGAAAAUAUAUCUAAUUAUGCCUUUUAUGAAAAAUCUAAAAACGAAAUAGUUGAUUUUCUUUUUUUCUUAGAUGAUAACUAUAAAUAUUUAUUUAAUAAAUAUGUUUUAUCAUCCGAAUUAGAUGAAUAUAAUGAUGAUCUAAAUGGGGCACGUGCUUAUUUCAAUAAUAUAUUUAGAUCGGUUAGAACUACUCCUGAAGAUCGUGUAAAAUAUUUUGAUGGAUAUUAUAGGAUUAAAAAAUACAUAAAUUUAUCAGUAUCUAUACAUUUUGAACUAUCUACAGGAUUAUAUAUUUUAUUAAUUCAAAUAGAUCCAGAUACUAAGAAAUUUAAUGUAAAAUUUACAGAUUAUUUAACAAAACGUGAUAUAAAUUUAUUAGAAACUGCUCAACAAAUAACAAAAGAAAAUGAUCCUGUUUUUCAAAAUUUAAUUAAAACUAUGUCAGAUUUGAGAGUAUAUAGAACUAGUGGAGUAUUUGACCAUCCUGAACGUAAAUUAGAACAAUUAUGUUUGAAACACGAUUAUGGAGUUACAUCAGAAAAUUGGAUCUCAUAUUUUCAUCCACAUAAUGAAACAUUAUGUCAUAUUGAUAUAAAUGGAAAUGGUGAUUGUUUUUUUUAUACAGUUAAACAUUUAUUAUAUCAUAAUGGAAUUGAAAUUCCGAAUUAUACUCCUACUGAACAUGUACCUGAAACCAAAUUUGUUCCUUGGUAUUUAGAAAAUGUAAGGAAAUAUCCUAAACAAACAAUAUUUAAUACAAUUGAUCUUAGAUAUAUAACCACAUAUUAUACUAUUAAAUAUUUCCCUGGUUAUACCAAAGAUGAAGAUUUAGAUUCUCAAUCCAUACGAAGUAUGCUCGAAAUUUUAUCGGAUCUCGAAAUUUCAAAUUACCAUUUAAAAAAACAUUCAUUAGUUAAAAUGCUCAAGUCGAAUUAUCCAUUUUUAAAAAUCCUCGAUGUGGGAUCAUUUUUCAAAAAAAAACUAAAAUCAAUUUUUAAGGGAAAAGAUGAUGACGAUUCAUAUAAAAACACUGAUGCACCACAAAACAGUCAAAAUUCUUCAAUAAAAAAUUUAAAAACUGAUAAAAAAAAACAAACACGCUCAUCUCAAAAUUCACCAUCAAUUGAGCUUGUAGAUUUAAAACAUAAACCAAAAAAUCAUCAAGGAGUAUUACAACCACCGACCAAUUUAGAAAUAAAUAGUACAUCUGAAUAUGCUAGCAACAUUGACUACGCUAAUACUCCACCCAGUACUUCUACAUCUGAAUAUGCUACCAACAUUGAUUACGCUAAUACUCCACCCAGUACUUCUAAAGCCGAAUCCGAUAACAUUAUUGACCACAUUGAUAGUGCACCCAGUACUUCUAAAGCCGAAACCGAUAAUAUUAAUGACUACAUUAAUAGUGCACCCAGUGCUUCUAAAGAUGACUACGAUCGUAUUAUGGACUACUUUGAUAAUGUAAAGAAUGCUACUAAAGAAAGUAAUAGAGUAAAUGCUACAAAUUAUGAAUUAAAUAAUCCUAUAGAAUAUAAUUAUGAUGAAAUUUUAGAAGAUAUCAGUGGAUUAAAUAACAGAAUGUAUGAAUUAAUUUUUUUCAAAUUAAUAUCACUUAAAGAAAAUAAUAUAACUGAGAUAAAAGAUAAUAGUAUUCCUAUAGAAUUAGUUCCAAGAUUAAAAGGAAAAUUAUUAAAAUCAAAAGUUUUAUCUUCACAUCCUUUCAAAGAAAUUCCCAAAAGAGGUGAUGUCUUCCCAUUUUUUAAUUUUAGUAAUAUAAAAAAACAAUUAUCUCAUCCAUUUAAUUUGAAAAGUUAUCAUAAUAAUGAUUUAUAUGGUGUAGUUGUAUGUACAACUUUUAACAAAGAAUUAAUAAGAAAAAGCGAUAAAAAAAAAACCUAUAGUUUGAUAUUUAACUUACAUGGAGAUGAAUUAUCUUACCAUUCGAUACUCAAUAAUGAUUAUCAUUUUACACAUAAUUCUGUACUUAUUGAAACAAAAACAAUGCACCAAAAAGCGUUAGCAUUAUUUUAUGAAAGGACAAGACCAGGACAUUCACAUUGGGGAGACGAAACUGAUUAUAAUGCUUUUCAAAAAAUGUUUAACAUUGGUUUAAUUACAUUUAUGCAUGAUUCAACAAAAUUAUUUUUUCCUAAAAUGGAUUUUGAAGAAUAUCCUAAUUAUUUUCUAAUAUAUUUUUUUUCAGAAAUGCAUUUUGAGCCUGCAGUUCAUGUCAAAUAUAAUCGAAACAGUGUAACUUAUAAAUCAUCUUAUGAACGAAAUAAUAUUCCUAACUCUAUAACAAAUAUACCAUAA